AUGAAUAUUGUUGAUGAUUGUUUCUUUGUUUUGAAUCAAAUCGAUUCUCAAAUCGAGAAUGAAACAAAUACAAUUUGGAAUGAUUUAUCAUUGACCACAAAGAUCGACAUACAUUCUAAAUUUUUAGAUCUUCUUGCAUUGAAUUACAAAGAUAUCAACACACUUCUCUUUCAAUUCAUCAAAGAUCUCUAUCGUAAUCAUAAAAAUGAAAUUGAUGAACAACAGAAUAUAUUAAAACCAAUAUGGAAAAGAUUUAGAAAGAAUAAGGAUUUAGAUAUUAGACUUUCAUGUUUGAAGUUGAUUGUUUUGAUUCUCAAAGAGGAACCAUCGAAACGUAAAGAUAAAUUCCUACCAAUUGCUGCUUGUAUCAUUGAAUUGGCUGAUUCUUCAAAUUUUAAAUACAUAUCUAUUAGUUACAACGCCAAGUAUGUUCAGGAUUUCAAAGAGAAAUACUUGAACUGUCUUUUCUCACAAUAUUUAAAGACGAACGAUAAAGAUGUACAACAAUGGGAAUCAGAGAAACCUCAUUUCACUCAUAUCAUUACGACUAUAGUAACCAAUCGUAAGGUAAGAGAUCAAUAUCUAUUGAUGGCUAGUUAUUAA